AUGGUGGUUGUUGAAAAUCCUGUUGAAAACAUCCCUCCGGAAGAUGUAUCAGCUAAAGUUAAACCCGAAACCGUCCCACUGAAACCUUUUACUGUUGAAAUCCUGAAUUUAAUCAAAGAUGCUCAGCAACAACACGGCUUGAAACACGGCGACUACCAGAGAUACAGGGGCUACUGUUCCAGGAGAAUUGGCAGGCUUCGAAAGGUCCUGAAAUUGCCUCAAGGGGACAGAAGACACUUCAAGAAGCGGGAUGUUACGGAGGCCCACGUGAUGAAUAUCAGGUCGGAUGAGAGGUUUUUGCAUGUUCCCCUGAUACUGUCAGAGAGGUGCUGGGCAUAUGCCAUGCAACUGAGGCAGGAGGCUAAUACUGAGCCUAGAAAGAAGUUUCAUCUUAUUCAGAAACUCAGGAAGGCUUGCAUCUAUGCUCUACAGUUGGAAGAGUUGUGUAAGCAAGAUCGUUGCGACGCGCGCACCAAGCUCGAAGCGCAAGCGUACGCCGCCUGGAUCCAAGGCACGCUGCAAUUCGAGCUGCAGCUGUGGCAAAAGGCGGCCGAGAACCUCAAAAAGGCGCAAGUCAUCUACGAGAAGGUAGCGGGAACGCUGCCCGAGGAAAAGCAGACUGCCUACAGACAGAGGGCGGAAGAGAUUGCGCCCAGUCUGCGGUAUUGCGCCUACAAUAUCGGGGACGACAAGGCGGUCGAUCUUCUCGAGCUGAGAAGCCAAGGUGUUUUGGAAAACUUCGAUGCUCUCGUAUCGCAGUCCAAAGAAAAAGUCGCCGAUGUCUUGUACGAAGUGAAAUGGUUCGAUUUGAUCAUCCCAGUUAGGAUAGAGAAAAUCAGGUUAUUCUUGGUGAGUAUCGAAGGCCUAGACGAAUCCUUGAUGAACGCCGAAGACAACCAGGGCCGCAUCAAAAUUCUGGAAAAUCUGUUCAUCGACUUGAGAGAUGUGAUUUCUCUAGCGCGGGACAUCUCCAGGGCUGAUAAAACUACCAGCGCCGCCAAACAGGUGAAGGAGUACCAGUCGUUGCUCUCCUAUCUGCUGUCCGUUCGCAUCGAACGUACGUCGCAGCGCAAUCUGCUUCUGAUAGCUCAAACGAGGAAGCCGCAAGAUUGCGUCCGUCUGUUGGACAUCAACGUACAGCAGACCAAUGAGAUGUCGCAGAACGAGACGAUCAAGAACGAUGUGUCGGUGAAAGACUACUACGACUCGCAAAUCGCUGCCUACAAGGCUCUCCGUUAUUAUUAUUUGGGCAAGUCUCAGGCCGCUCAGAAGCGUUGGAAAGAGGCAGCAGUACUUUUCGAUAGGGCUUCGAGGAGCGUGAAGAAUUUGAAGAAAGGUAACUUCAUGAUCGAAUUGGAAAGUCUACUGAAAACAGUCCGGGAAAAAUCCAGCAUCGAUCUUGCCACCUCCAGAGCCAACUACGUCCUGGACCAACAGGAAGAGCAAACCAUACAGUUGCCUCAAAAAACAUACAAGACCAAAAAGCCGCUUUACGACCGCUUGGACGAAUUCAGAGAGGAGCCCCAAUUGCUGUCCAAACACCCCAAUUUGGUGUCUUUGCCGCCUCCAAUGGAACCAGUGGCCGCAAAACCGCUCUUUUUCGAUUUGGCCUUGAAUUUGGUGGAGUUUCCCGAUUUGUCGGAGAAACUGGAAGGGGGGCAGCCUAAAAAGGCUCAAGGGGCGGGGAUUUCCGGGUUUGUCAAAGGAUUGUGGGGUUGGGGAAAUAAAUAA